AAAUCCCCAGCAGGACUCUGCCAAACAGUAUCUCUGCCCGCCGCCGUCGGAUUAAAGCCCCGGAAUCACAGUGGACCGGCGCUCUCUUCCGGUGUUUCCCCUCCCCUCAGUGUUCAGUCCCACUAUCUGUCACCCAGAUUGUGAGCAGCCAUGACGAAGUCGUACGAGUUCAACUGGCAGAAGCAUCUGCCUGAGUUCAUGCAAGAAGGAGCCUCCUUCGACCGGUUUGAUGAGGACCCAUACCUCUUUGAGCCCAACUGUCAGAUGAAGGUGGAUGAAUAUGGCUUCUUCAUCUCGUGGAAGAGUGAGGGAAAGGAGGGCCAGGUUCUUGAAUGUUGUCUUAUCAACAGCAUUCGUGUCGGUGCGGUCCCUAAGGACCCAAAGAUCUUGUCCUCUUUCGAGGCCAUUGGAAAGACGGAGGCAGACUUGGAGGGAUGCAUCAUCUGCAUCUGCAGUGGCACUGAUCUGGUGAACCUCAGCUUCAUGUUCAUGGUGGCAGAGAGCUCCGACACAGCCAGGAAAUGGAUAGAAGGAUUGAGGUCGGUGAUCCACAACUUCAAGGCCAACAACGUGUGUCCGAUGACAUGCCUCAAGAAACAUUGGAUGAGGACGUGUUUCCUGACCAACGUAAACGGGAAGAUUCCUGUUAGAGGUAUUACAAGAACAUUUGCAUCAGGGAAGACAGAGAAGGGGAUCUUUCAGGCUCUGAAGGAUCUGGGUCUCCCCAGUGGGAAGAAUGAUGAGAUUGAGCACUCAGACUUCACCUUUGACAUUUUCUACGCGCUGACCCAGAAGAUCUGCCCUCGCACGGAUAUAGAGGAGCUCUUUAAGAAAAUCAAUGGGAGCAAAACAGAUUAUUUAACUGUAGACCAGUUAGUCAGCUUUCUGAAUGAAAACCAACGGGACCCGAGGUUAAAUGAGAUUCUGUUUCCAUUUUACGACCCCAAAAGAGCCAUGCAGAUCAUCGAGAAAUACGAAAGGGACGAGGAGCUGAAGAAGAAAGGCCAGAUGUCGAGCGACGGUUUCUGUCGGUACCUAAUGUCAGAUGAAAAUGCUCCGGUGUUCCUGGACAGACUAGAGCUGUACCAAGACAUGGAUCAGCCUUUGGCUCAUUACUUUAUCAGCUCCUCCCACAAUACAUACCUGACAGGAAGGCAGUUUGGAGGGAAGUCAUCAGUGGAAAUGUACCGCCAAGUCCUGCUGUCUGGAUGCAGAUGUGUGGAGCUGGACUGCUGGGAUGGCAAAGGGGAGGACCAGGAACCCAUCAUUACUCAUGGCAAGGCCAUGUGCACAGACAUCCUGUUCAAGGAUGUCAUCCAAGCGAUCAGGGAGACGGCAUUUGUCACAUCAGAUUAUCCGGUUAUUUUGUCCUUUGAAAACCAUUGCAGUAAACUACAGCAGUAUAAGAUGGCCAAGUACUGUGAGGAGACCUUUGGAGACCUCCUUCUCAGACAGCCUCUGGAGAACUACCCGAUGGAUGCCGGGCACCCCUUACCCUCUCCAAAUGACCUGAAGAGAAAAAUCCUCAUCAAGAAUAAACGAUUAAAACCAGAAGUUGAGCAAAGGCAGCUUGAGGCUUUAAAAAAGCACAUGGAGGCGGGCGAGACCAACACUCCGGCCAUCAUAAUGGGAGAGGAGAAUGAGGACGAAGCAGAGAAUGGGGAAAAAGAGGCUGAGGAUAAGGAUUUGAAUUCAGAGGCUCCCAACAGUGUGUCAGAAGCCACCAGUGAAAAAGAGACAAACAGUGUUUCGCAGAGUAACGCCCUCAGCUCUGGAAAAGAGGAAGAGCGCAGCAACAGCAUCAAAAAGGUACCUGAUGACGAGGUAACAGAGAUCUCUGAAGCAACAGACGCCACAGAUAUCUCUGAAGCAUCUGACCAGGACAAUAACAAGAAGGGUGGGGAGGUGCCAGAGGACUCUGAGGAGGCUCUAAUAGCUCAAUAUAAAUAUGAGUCAGCCACCACAAACAUUCAUCCGUAUCUCUCAGCCAUGGUCAACUAUGCUCAGCCGGUUAAAUUUCAGGGUUUUGAUGUUGCAGAAGAGAGGAAUAUCCACCACAACAUGUCAUCUUUUAAUGAGUCGGUUGGCCUGGGCUAUCUGAAGACCAAUGCCAUCGAGUUUGUCAACUACAACAAGCGUCAGAUGAGCCGUAUCUACCCCAAAGGAGGCAGGGUGGACUCCAGUAAUUACAUGCCUCAGAUCUUCUGGAACGCAGGCUGCCAGAUGGUCUCCCUCAACUUCCAGACCCCAGACCUGGCCAUGCAGUUGAACCAAGGGAAGUUUGAGUACAACGGCUGUUGCGGGUACCUGCUGAAGCCAGACUUCAUGCGUCGCUCAGACAGGACGUUUGACCCUUUCUCAGAGACGCCGGUGGAUGGCGUCAUUGCGGCAACCUGCAGCGUUCAGGUGUUUUCCGGACAGUUUCUGUCUGACAAAAAAAUCGGCACAUAUGUUGAGGUUGACAUGUACGGGUUGCCGACGGAUACCAUCCGGAAAGAGUUUCGCACGCGCAUGGUGAUGAACAACGGACUGAAUCCAGCCUACAACGAAGAGCCCUUUGUUUUCAGGAAGGUAAUCUUACCAGAUCUGGCAGUGCUGCGCAUCGCGGUCUACGACGACAACAACAAGCUGAUUGGGCAGCGCAUCCUGCCUCUGGACGGCCUGCAGGCUGGCUACCGCCACAUCUCCCUGAGGAACGAAGGCAACAACCCUCUGUCGUUGCCGACCAUCUUCUGCCAAAUCAUCCUCAAGACGUACGUGCCCGACGGCUUUGGAGCAAUUGUGGAUGCUCUAUCGGAUCCAAAGAAGUUUUUGACCAUAGCGGAGAAGAGAGCCGACCAGAUGAAGGCCCUGGGGAUUGACACGAAUGACAUAGCUGAUGUUCCCAAUGGAAGCUCAAAGAAUGACAAGAAGGGAAAAGGAAAAGGAGACACAGGGAAAUCCAGUGUGACCCAGCAGUCCAGCUCAGAUAUGGCUCAGACCUCCAACUCUACUCAAAACAAUACAAAUGAGAACAAGAAGGAUGCUGCACUUGUGCCUAACGUGAGCAUUGAUGAAUUGAAGCAAAUGAAGAGCUACCUAAAGCUGAUUAAAAAGCAGCAGAAGGAGCUCAACGCUUUAAAGAAGAAACACUCAAAGGAUCAAAAUGCAAUGCAGAAAGCCCAUUGCUCUCAGGUGGAUAAGAUGGUGUCGCUCCACGAAAAGGAAAAGACUAAUCUGGAGAAACUGUUAGAGAAAGCCAUCAAGAAGCGAGGGGAGAACAACUGCCAAGAGCUGAAGAAGGAGACAGAAGAUAAGAUCCAAACUCUUGCCACAGACCAUAAAGCAAAGGUUAAAGACAUCACAGCACAACACACCAAGGAGUGGUCAGAGCUGAUCAGUAGUCACAGCAGCGAAGAGCGGCUGGUGAAGGACGGCCAUGUUACGCAGCAGUGUGAGCACCUCAAGAAGCUCCUCACCAGCGUCCAGGAGCAGCAGACCGUGCAGCUCAAACUCAUCCAUGAAAGGCAAAGCAAAGAGAUGCGUGCCAACCAGGCCAAGAUGUCGAUGGAGAACAGUAAAGCCAUCUGCCAAGACAAGAGCAUCAAAAAUAAGGCCGAGCGAGAGAGGAGAGUGCGCGAGUUAAACAGCAGCAACACCAAGAAGUUUUUGGAUGAGAGGAAGAGGCUGGCCAUGAAGCAUCAGAAGGAGAUGGAGCAGCUGGAGAAAAAUCAGAGAGAGCAGCUGGAUAAGCUGGAGAGGCACAACGAGCAGCUUUUGAAAUCACACCAUGCAAACAAUCAGGUCCAAGGCCAAGGACAUACAGCAGAUGGUGAAGCUGGAGGAGGAGAUGGACCGCCGACCUGCCACGGUGGUCUGAGCGACUGACCGAGUCGCGAACCCACCCACCCACACAUGUACAAUGAAACACACUCCAUACUCUUUCCCACAGCGGUGCAGAACAGCCCCCCCCCCCUCCCCCUCCCCUGCAGGACAUCCUCUACAGUGCAGAGAACAACAUCCUCCCCAGACACUCUAAUAUUAACCCCAAUCUUCACUCCAACCCGUGGAAGCUGCGUCCUCCGUUCGCUCCAGCCACGCCUCGUGUCAUCGGCACCUUUAUCCCGCCAAUCAACAUUGUACCACUGAGCCAUUGCUGCUUAUCACUGUAAGACCGGGGGCGCAACCACUUUUAUCGGGACAGGGAAUGUUACCUCGCAGGUGAAGCGACGCAGAAACGGACGCCCGUCCUCCCCCGCCGUACGUAGAUCCCGUCAGCUGUCGGUAGAAUCAAGCACACGCAUGCUUCUCACACGGCAGGUAACUUAUUCUUGUGGAUUUUCUUCUUCUUUUUUCUUUUUUUUUUUCUAAAUGACACCC